AUGGAGCACAAAUUUACUGCAUAUAUGCAAACGAAAGGUUUGUACAAAGCUGUCAUUGGGAGAGACGUCAUACCUCAAGAGGUUACACAGUUAACAGUCGACGCUACAAAUGGUAUCGGAGACGGUGCAAAAGCAUGGCGUCUACUGCAACAAAGAUUUUCUAACGUAGAAAAAGCAACUGUAGUAAGUUUAGUUCGACAAAUAUCUCGAUUACAAUUAGGUGAAAGUGAAAACUUAUCCGAAUACUUCAUACGAUCACAAGAAUUAAUGUCUCGACUCACUGAAGCCGGAGAAAAUAUAUCCGAAACACUAUUUAAUGCUCUAGUCAUUAAUGGACUUCCAGAAAAAUUUGAACACUUCGUGGUUCAAGAAAGUUUCAACCCAACAGCUAACUUCUCAAAACUGAGAACUCGACUACAGAAUUACGAGGAUAGCUGGAUCCAAAGAAACCAAGGAGAAUAUAGCGCAAAAGCAAUGCAUUCUGGAAAUGCAUCAGGCAAAAACAAAGCCCCAAUCAAGCAAAAAGGAACUUGUUAUGUUUGUGGACUCCCUGGUCAUUUUGCCAAGCAAUGUAGUAAAAGAAGUUCAGCUUUCUGUUCAAAGUGCAAGAAAAAGGGACAUCUAUCAAGAGCAUGUAGGAGUCAGAGUAAAACCGAAGAACCUUCAACAAGACGACCAAAUUCAUUCUCAUCAUCUCUCAAUGCAUGA